AUGCACGGUCGCAUAUACACUUGCUUGAUCAAGUCUCCAGAUAGCUCAAUUAGAUCCAAGAAUAUCUUAAUCCAUGUUAAGGGGACAGAUCGAGGAGUUCUGCUUUCAAAAGAUGGACAUAGAGAGGUAUCUGAUGUUGCACAAAAGCUGCAGAAGUAUUGUGUUAGUGAGCCUGUUAAAUGUCCUUUGAUAUUUGGAGAGUGGGAUGUGCUAUACUGCUCGGUUCCAACAUCUCCUGGAGGCGGCUAUCGUAGUUCCUUUGGCCGUCUGUUUCUGAAUGCAAAAGAGAUGGUGCAGGUUGUUGAGGCUCCAAAUGUUGUUCUGAACAAAGUUUCUUUCUCUGUUUUAGGCAUCUUUGAUGGAGCAGUUUCCUUGAAAGGUAAGUUGAAAGUACUUGAUGAGAAGUGGAUCCAAGUGAUAUUUGAACCCCCUGAAUUGAAAAUAGGGUCUCUGGGCUUCCAAUAUGGUGGUGAGAGUGAGGUUAAACUUGAAAUUACUUAUAUUGAUGAGAAAAUUAGAUUAGGAAUGGGCUCCAAAGGCUCCCUUUUUGUCUUUUUAAGAAGAGGUUAAUAAACCUCUAUUAUUCUCUCUCUCUCCAUUUUUUUCAAGCUGAAACUGUUCCUUCUGCUGUGUGUACUAAUUCAAUAAUAGCUCUUUUGUUGCUGAUUU